GAUAGACAACGUAAUUAACCUUAAUUUUGUUUUCAAGUUGUUAGUAAAACUAUUUAAACUUUGAUCUUAUUUCUAAAGCAUUUUUCUACAGGAAAAUGGCAGAUGAACUCGAUAAUCUUCCAGUUAUUACUGUGAAGGAACCCCUAGAUUUAGUCAGAUUAAGCUUAGACGAACGGAUUUAUGUCAAGAUGAGGAACGAUAGAGAAUUACGAGGACGGUUACAUGCUUAUGAUCAGCAUAUGAAUAUGGUUCUUAGUGAUGCGGAGGAAACAAUAACGACAGUGGAAAUAGACGAAGAAACGUACGAAGAAGUUUAUCGUACAACUAAGAGAAACAUUCCCAUGUUGUUUGUUAGAGGAGACGGUGUGAUCUUGGUGUCACCACCUAUGCGAACAGGCUAAAUCCCAAAAAUGCAUAAGUAAAUUUAAUUAAAAAUUUCAAGCUUGUUUAACUUUACAAAUAAGAUGGACGGAAAAAAAUCAUUAAAAUAGAAACCAUAAAGUGCAUUAAAUAUUUAUUAUAUUACAAAGACAA